AUGUCUUCAACUUCAUCGAUGAAGUCCGACCUUUCAGAACUGAAAAGUUCCAUAUCCGAAAUGAAGAACCUCUCGAGUUCCACACUCGGUCGGCUGAGGAACUCCGUCGAAGACUUGGUCAACGACGGGCCGGAACCUCUUAUAACCUUUCCGGAUCCUGAAACUCCACCGCCGCCGACUGUAGGUAACGAAGACCUCAAGACCCUCAAGUUCGAACAGAAGAGGGUCGCGUCGGCUUCGAAAACAAAAGUAAUGAAGGACGGUUUCACGGCUGAGAAGGCUAGCCGAGAUAUAGCCGAAACGAAGCGAGUGCAAGCUGGUGACGUGUCUUACCAAGAGUCUGCAGCGCAGCAGCAGCGGCAUGCGAGGCUUGAGAUGGACGGGGUCACUGCAGAGAAGUCCCUAAACCGAAUGCAGCUUUCAGUGACGUGA